AGCCCUCCCCGUAGGGUUUGCGGGAUUUUCCUGGCGAAAUAAAAGCGCGCACCUGGACACGGUGCUUGGGUACGAGCGUAGAUUCCAGGCAACCGCGCACAGCCACCACCAGCUUCAGCAACGAUGAUCUCCAACAACAUCUCUAUUUUCUGCGUGUCUUCACUUCUACUUUUAAACUUGGUCGGUGCCAAACCAGUCACCAGUUUACAGAGUCUUAAGCAGUUGUUAGAUGAAGAAGUGAACACGCCGUUUGUGGAGUCGGGGGAGUCGGUGAUGGAGCAGAAAGAUGCGAGAUCCGAGAAGAGCGCGCUGGAUGAGCAAAUGUGGGAAUCAGAUGCGCGCAACUCAGCGCUGGCUGGAAAAGAUAGCGCCAUCGAGCGUCUUCUAGGCGACUUGCUGUCCACUUCCAAGCGCUCCUGGAGUCGAUUCAAGAAAGGCGGGCUGAGGAGCUGCUUUGGGGUCAGACUCGAAAGAAUCGGGUCUUUUAGCGGACUCGGGUGUUAAGUGGAGGUAUGUUAGGAGAUGUUGGCCAAAUAUAAACAUGGAACAUUGCUCAAACGCGUACUAGAAAUAAAAUAAGUCAUGUCUUAUUACUUCAUGUCAUGUCACUUCUUGCAGGUUCGGUCUUUGAAAUACUUGACACACUAAAAAAAAAUUUAAAAAGUGAAAAAAGAAAGGUGUUGAUUGAAGGUUUACAGUAGAUUUGUGUUCCGGUGAUGCUGUAUGUUUUGGUCAUUAUUUAUUUAAAAUUUUGACAUGUUAAUAGUUUGUAUUUGAAGAUUCCAUGACUGCUGCUUUGUACCGUUGGAUCUAUUUAUUUAAUUAUGUAUUUAUGUAUUGUCCUCUAUAAAUCCAAUCGUGUUAUAGAUCAUGUAUAUUGUUGCAAAAUAAAUAUUUUGCAUAA